GCUCAUGUACCAACUGCUCAAUCCUGACUCGAUUCGAUCAACCCACAGUGACCCGCGAACUGCAUAUCUAUGUCUUCUAUUUUCUAGUGUUGGAGUUGGAUGAGCUAGAAAAAUAAUUGCAACUACAACUACAUCUACAAGGACUUAGGUUCGUUAUAAUCAUCAACAUCAACAAGUAGGUUUUAUGAAGCUACAACCACCACCACAAAUAUGGAGGUAACUUCGAACACUGUCGGAGCCCAACAAGAGGGCGAGCAGCACGACCAGAACGCGGAAGUUGUCGUUCGUCUGACAACGCGAAUCGCAGACCCUGCUUUUCAUGUUCCACCAGAGUCUAUCGUGGUUCCAGCCUCGCUCAGCCGUUACGGCUUGUCCGAGCUCGUGAACCGACUUCUGGGUCGCGGCCAGCCAGUCCCGUUCGACUUUCUUGUGCGAACAAAGUACGAGCAAAAUGUCGCGGCAGCAAGCGGAAAGAAAGCUGCCGGAGAGAAGUCUUCCAGCACGCCAACAGCGAAGAAAAACGAAGAGGAUGUUGAGAUGAGGACACCAAGCACCGCUGACGAACAGGAUGCUGAUGCUCUUGAUGCAGCAUCUUCCAAAGGAGAUGCUGAAGAUGACCUGCAAGUAGGAACACCAUUCGGCUCGCAGGUCUUUUUGCGUCAGAGCUUGCACCAGUUGCAGACGGAGCAUCUGUUGAGCAGUGAGCGCACGUUGGAGAUCGAGUACUUGUGGGCUCUCCCGCCUCUGAACACUGCAGAACAGGAGAAUUCUGAAGAUUGGGUUUCCUGUGUACGCUAUGCUGAGAAAAGUCGAUUACUCUUGGUGACUAGCUACGAUGGGACACUCAAGGUGUACAAGUUCGCAGGUGAAAAUGCACACCAAGAGCCAGAACUUGAACUUUUGCGGUCAAAUCCGAUCUGUGCUUCUCUCGACGACGGAGGAUUGACCUUCGUUGAAAUCGUCGCCGAAGAAGCAAGCACAAUCAAAGUUGUGCUCGGCGACAAGGAAGGGGUCGUUCGCUUCGGACGCGUGACUGCAGAGACUGGAGCUUUUGCCUUAAGCUCUUGCUCUGCGGAUCCAAACGAUACAUCGAGUUGCGCCUUUGACAAAGCGCUUGAGUGCGCGGCUCUCUCCCCAAGCGGCCAGCUGAUCGCGACUGCAGGAUGGGACUUCGACCGUGGACUCAAAAUUUGGAACACGCAUGAAGUUUUUGCUGCACAAGCUGCUGAGCAGGAGGACGGUGACAAAAAGACGAGCAAGAAGCGCACACGCGAAGAGGAUGCUCAGACAGCGGAAAAGACCUCUGGUCUUGCAAAGUGCGACUUUGUGGUUAUCACGCCAGAGCAUGUGCGACACCGAAUCACGGCAGUGCACUUUCUCGAUGAGGUCCGUUUGCUCGUUGCCAGCCAAGACGCGUCUUUUUUCGUGAUUGAUCUGGUCUCGAACCGCGUUGUCCCGGAAUCUAUCACGCAUGCCGGUUUGGCAAUCGUGAAGAUGGAUUUCAGCGCGAAGCUCAAUCUUCUGGCGCUGGCGCACGAGAAUGGUCGUGUCUCCUACUGGACGCACGAGCGAGAAACAACAAAGACAGGCUCAAAAUCAACCAAAUUUCAGAUGGCCGAAGCGUUUCCAGUAGCAAAAGUACAUCAAGGAAUGGUGACGACACUCAGUUUCUUGAAAAACUACCGAUUGUUGUCCUGUGGCUUAGACGGGAGCGUAAAGGUCACGGAUCCUCGCAGUAAAACGGCACUGCAAUCGCUCGAAGUCGUAGCUUCAUCGACCGAAAAGAAGCAGCAGGUGCCGAGCAAAUACAGACAAGCCACUCUGAAGCUCACAACUGUUUGCAGUGUAAAAAAUGGAGCAAUGUUGGCAUCAGGCGCAUCUGAUGGGAGGGUCAGACUUCAUUUCUCGAAAGAAGCUUAGAGUUAGAUGCUAGAUGAGACAUAUCUUCUCCUUUUUUAGUAUCAACACAUAUACCUGUGCAUGUCGUCGUGCUUAUGCUCAUGUGCUGCGAUUGUGAAGAAGAUGCAAAUCAUGAUCAUCGUCAACCUUCUUUUCUGACAGGACGAAAGAGAAGCAACAUAUAACCCCAAUUAUCAUGGUAAAAGGCGAUGUUGCAUCUACUUAAGUGCUUUAUCGAAAACUACUCUUUGCAUUGUUCAACAUGAUGUCAACAAAGCACCUAGGAAGAUUAUCC